AUGGGCUUCUUGAAAGAUCCGCCGGUCCUUGACCGCUGGGACUGCCACGACUUUGACGGUGACCCUGGACCGCAACGCCUUGACAAAAACAUGGACUUCGCCGAUGGCGAGAGGCUACUCUCCACAUCCCAUUGGGCCGCCACAAUCCCGAUUAUUCGACAGCCAAGCUACAAGGCAGUAGGACAGUCCACUAUCUCUGUACACGGCGAACCCAUUGCAAGCGUCGAAGACCUGGACGCCGCAAACAUGGAUCGUCAUAUUCCAGACGUUCUCUCGUCUAGCUAUGGUAUGAUCCCAGAAGCGCUUUCUGACUUUGAAAUGGCGUUCUUGGAUGCACCCAUUUCCUGCCUCAACUUCCCAACGCCUCGGCGCUCGAGAGGACCUGACGGCAUCAUGAAGACUUUGUCGGCUGCUGUCUAA